AUGUCUGUUGAAGAGUCGAAGCCGGAAGCGGCUACAACUUCUGCGGUUUCGUCGCAGCAGACCACACAAAAGCAUGGCAAGCGGGUGAAUGGAAAGAAUUGGCAUGCUCCGAAGAAGCCUUUUCGCCCGACAGCAGGGCAAACUGCUUAUUCCAAACGAAAGGAACAGGAUCAAAUCAAACAAGCCGUCAAGGCCCGGGAACAAGAAAUGAAAGAUGAGAAGGAGCAGGAACGAAGUAGCAGAAUUCAGGCAAUCAAAGAUCGUAGAAAGGCAAAGGAAGAGAAGGAGCGCUACGAGAAAAUGGCCGAGAAGAUGCACAAGAAACUGGUGGAGAGGAGAAAACGAAGAGAAAAGAGAAACAAAUUGUUGAAGAGUUGA